UGCCUUUCUAAAACAUUUCCUGUUUAUAACACCUCCUAAUAUUCACAAGAUCACACUUAGCAGUUUCAGCUGUAAAUAGAGAUGCAUUUUUUGGAUUUUUUUCCUUCACCAUCUUUGAUUUUUUGAUCUCAGUUUAAUUAUCAUCUUCCCUUCUACUGUUAAAUAAUAACUGGAUACAGAAUAACAGGACUAGAAUGUCCCAUCCAUUUCAAGGUUUUUAGACUUGUAGUGCUUCUUUCUGGGCUAAAACUUCAUCCAGAGACAUAAAAUCCAUUUGGCAAAUAAUCCAUGAUGCAAGAUAAGGUGAGACAGGAGCCUGCUACGGGUGCCUCUGACUUCCUAGUGUGAGUGUUCCUGCACUGAGAAUGGUGUGAGUUGUGGUGCUGUCCUCAGAUUCUUGUAGGAAUUGGCACCUCCUGCCUCUCCUGUGCCUUCCUGCCAGGCUGAAUGACAGUCCUCAGCAGGCAAGAGGAGUGGAAGGGGAGCACAUCUCGUGCCUUGGACUGCAGGAGGAUUGCUGAGCUUCUGGCUGCCCUCUCCCUGCUCAGAGUAUUUCCCAAGAGAAAAACUUCUUCCCAGCAUGGCAAGUGGAUUUCCCAUCCACAGCUAUCCCAAAGUACCAGAGAACCGGAGGAAAAAUGGACUGUGCCUCCAGUGUCACUCAGGAACACAGCGGGUCAGAUCCACAGCUGCAGGCAGGCUGAGGAAGGCCUUAAAUCGUGAACUUUCUAAGUUUUUCAAUGAGACGUGGGAUGCAGAUGUUCACCACCUUAGGCCUGGGAAAGACUACACAACUGAUGUGCAGGGAAAAGCAGGUCCAGCACAGCAAAGUGACAGUGCUGUCCAGGACAAUGCAGCCAGACAUCUGUUUCACAAUGUAAGCAGCCUGAGGAGCAUAAAUACUUUUGCAAAAUGUCUGGAUCAGGCAUAUGACCAGACUGAAAAUUUCUCUUUUUCUGCAGCCUUUAUUUCCUUAUUGAACAACUAUGAGGCAUCAACUGGUGUAGCAGAAGUAGUGACUCCAGAAGAAAUAGUUGAAAACAAUUGUUUCCUUGAUGCUAUCUUAGCAACAGAAGUCAAGAGACUAGCUCAUGAUCAUCUGCUGAAAAAAAACCUAGCAAGGCCAAACCUUGCUGAUUUCAAACAUCAGCUUUAUGACAUCUGGUUCCAGCUCUAUGCCAGGAAAGGAGGAGACAGGUCUGAUUCUUGUGGUUUUGAACACGUUUUUGUUGGAGAAACAAGGCAUGGUAAAGAGAUCUUAAGUUUGCACAACUGGGUGCAAUUUUACCUUCAGGAAAAGCGCAAUCAGAUUGACUACAAGGGAUACAUAUCUCGGAAGAACAAAACCAGGCCUGAUAGAGAUGACCAAGUUUUGAGCAUCCAGUUCAGCUGGAAGGGUUCAGUCAAGCCAGUCAGAAGCACCUUUAUUUGUGUCAGCCUGGAGUUUGAAUUUGCCCUUUACACAGUCAUUUUCCUGCUGUCUGAAGAAAGAGUCACACAUGAAACAGUGAAGAUAGAUGAGUACAAGCUACAAAUGGUUGUCUAGUGCCACGGGCACCACAUUGGAACAGCAUAUCCAGUACUGCUCAGUUGUUCCACAUAUUGGAACAGCAUAUCCAGGACUUCUCAGCACCACUUGUGAAGAUUAGUGGAGUGAGCAGGAAACUUUGUUUUUUAAAUCAAGGGAAAGGAGGAGUGGUGGAGAGAGGAGGAAUAGAUGGGAGGUGGACAGGACCAGACAGCAAAGUUAAUAUGUUGUUUUAUACAACUAAUUUCAAGUGACUCAGUCUCUUUCGGUCUGCAAUGGAGUGUUUAAUAAGUAGUGUGCUGUGACACUGUCUGAGAAACUAUUAAACACACUCCUGCUCACAUUAAAUUUGCAUCUAAAUUAGAUCAGUCUUCCCUUCUGCAUGAUAGCACUGUAAUUUUCAGCAAAUAAUGGCAUUUAAGAAAAGGUUCUAUUAAAAUCUAUAUUAGAAUCAA